AUGACCAGCUACAUGGAUAUUAGACGAAACUCUGCCCCUGAAAAGGAUAUUGAGAAGUGUCUUCAUCAAUUGUCCGAGACCCAAACCUACAUCAGGGACAAGGAAAAACGGCUAAAGGAGGAAAGGGAUAGGUUCGAGAUUGAAAGGGCGAGAAAGGAGCAGGAGUUGAAGCGUGCUGUGGAAAUACACGAGGAGCGCGUCACUGCAGCCAAGGACGGGCUGAAGAAGGAGAGAAAAGCGUUUGAAGAAACUAAGACUGGAGCUAGUCCGUUCCCUGUAGCCGAAAAGGAACGCACAUAA